CGUCGAUGUGUCCCCUCCUAUGCCAGUCCCCCCUACUGUGGCCCCUCAUUCCAGAGCCGUUCAGGCUCAAGCCAUUCUGGCGCACGCCAGCGUGGCUACACCAGUACCGAAUUGUGUAGGCCGCACUUGGCGCUAGGAUUCAUGCAUUCCUCGCGCCGGCAUACUUUGUGCGCUCGCCUUGCUGCCGAGAACCUCGAGAGUGACGAGGAUGAGAACACAUCGCUGCUCGCCUCUAAGGGCCCAUCCGCAAGCAAUCUGGGUAAGAGACGAGCACAGCAGGCCUUACCGAUGGCCAAGGCGCAGACGAUCGCCCAUCCUGACGGCAAGGGUCCAGAUCCUCCAAGCGGUCCGAUUGGUUAUGUAGCGGAGCUUGCACGGAAUUACGGUGGCAACUUCAUUGUGUACCUAUCCACGAUUGAACAUGUGAUGAAGGGUUUUGUUUGCCAGCUUUGCCAGAUGGCGGAGCCUUACAUUUACGCAUCCUACAGCGUGCCCGCACCCGAGAUGCAGAUGUACCUCAGCUUGGUCAAUCUGCCAUGGGCCAUGAAACCGAUCAUAGGGCUCGUUUCUGACGCAUUUCCCGUUGGGGGCUACAGCAAGGCGCCGUACAUCCUUGUGACAUCUCUGCUGGGCGCAUCUGCAUUUGCAACCGUUGGGGUAUUGCCCCAUGCGUCGACACCACUCAUGAUGCUAGUUGCCUGUUGUUUUCUCAUGACCUUGCAAGUUGUCACCGCUGACAUUCUCACGCAGGGGAAAUUCACCCAAAAGGUAAAGGAAAGCAGGUCGUUGACUGGAGGCACAGACCUCUUGACAUUCGUGUAUAUGGGCAUUGAUGCCGCCUCUUUGAUCGCAGUGAUGGGGUCUGGUUUCAUUAUCAACUCUUUCGGAGCUAAGUCGGCCUACCUCAUAUCAGCAGUACCCGCCGUGCUCUGCGUCAUUCCAUUGUUGUCGGGUGGCUUGGAGGAGAAGCAGAUGAGCGGGGACGAGAUGAGCGAGAUACGGCAGGGCUUCUUGCAACAGAAGGUGGUCUGCUCCCUGGUGCUCCUCAUGUUCCUGGCAACGAUCGCCAUACCCGUCACCAUCGUGGCCAGCGGGGACGCUGCUGUCAUAGGUAUCGUCUCCGUGGGCGUCUGGACCCUCAUGUUUGUCGUCAGCUCCCUUGUGCUCAACCCUGCAAUUGCGGCGGUGAAUGCGUACACGCUGGCUCAGUCGGUACUCACCCUGAAGAUCGACGCGGCCGCUUUCUACUUCUUCACGGACACCUCGGAUCAGUACCCGGGUGGCCCCAACUUCUCGAAGCUGUUCUUCAAUACGUGCCUGGGGUCUGUGCAGUUCGCAGCCGGCCUGGCUGGCAUUAUCACUUACCAGAAGCUGUCCAAGAAGAUUACCUAUCGGAAGUGGGUGGUCAUGGCCAACAUCGCCGCCGCAGCUGCAAAUCUGAGCAAUAUCCUAUUGUUCAAGCGCGUGAACCUGCUGCUGGGGGUCCCGGACUGGAUCUGGGCGAUCUGUUCGAACACCGUUUACUUCGCCGUGGAGAGGUGGCGCUGGAUGCCACUGUUUACCGCAUUCUCCUACCUCGCCCCUGCCGGCAUGGAGGCCACGAUGUUCGCGCUGCUGAUGGGCUGUCACAACCUUGGCACGGCGGUCGCGGGCAACCUCGGGGCAUGGCUCCUGCAGGCGCUGCAGUGCAGGCCCCAGGGCGCCACCAGCGAAGCCGAGCAGUUCGCGGGGCUGUGGAAGGCCUGCGCCUGGCUGUCCGUGGUGCCCCCGGUCGCCGCCAUCCUCCUCUGCCACCUCCUGCCGGACGUGAGGGCCGCGACCUGCUGGGUCACCGCCUGGGCGCGCUCGGCGGCCUGGGACAUGGAUCCUCGAGACGCCAGGGGCGUCGGGCCGCCCGCCCGCCAGAGAGGCAGAACAAGAGCCUGCUCAAGAGCGCGCGGGACGGCGCCACGGACGGUUCGCUCGCGCGGCGCUGGGAGAAGUAGGCCGGGCGCUGCACUGAGGGGGGCCCCCCGUCGGCGCUAGGCGCUAGGGGCGGGGGGCGGGGGGGGGGAUCUCCUCAGAAGUGCUUGGGGGGGCUCUCCUGGAGGCUUCUGGGAGUGCUCCCCAUGAGCGGGGGCCCCCUCCCCCUCGGCGCGCCGCCGGUCAGAGCGAGUUUUCCGCGGGCGGCACGUGCGUUGAGUUGUCCGCGGGCGGCACGUGUGCUGCGCACUGCUAUUCGGAGUGUACCAUAUGGGGGGGGGCCCGAUUUUCUGCAAAGCUGCGCCGUGGCGUCUGGCCACGCCUGUCGGCCGCCGUUCGUCGUCUCUGACGGUGCCGCUCAGUCGCUCGCACCUGGCCCCCGCUGGCGUUGGCAGGGGUGGCCCAACGCGUCCUGGGCGUUCUGGCCUCCGGCCGCCAGGGUCUCCCGUGCAGGCCCAGGGACGCCCUGGGUCAGGAUCCCAGACCCCCGACGUCAU